AUGGCAGCUCAUCCUAACAUAAACAAUAUUCCGCCAUUGGAUGUUCAUUGGAUAUGGCAUUGUCAUAUGUUAAGUCCAGUACAUUAUCAGCAGGAUUGCGAAACAAUUUGCGGAACUGUAGUUGAUCACAAAUUAUUGAGCUCUGAGGAAAUCCAGGAACGAUAUGAACAAUCAGUUAGCGCCUGGCAAAAAUAUUGUAGCGAACCGUAUGAUUUUCUUGCCUCUACCUCUAAGGUACAAAAUCCACCCUAUAAAUCGAGAUCAUCGUACGAUUUAGCAGCUGCAGCGCAAAGACAAAGCAAUUUCAAUUAUCAGAUCUCACUGCCACAUUAUACUUCUCCUAAAUUUCUGGAAGAUGCUGUUGAUCGUUACCUCUGUUUUUUGCUUCUGAAACAGACAUAUACUGACCAAUUUCUUACUCCCUGCUAUGAUUUUGAUGUUGUAUGGCAUACACAUCAAAUUCAUCCUCAUUGUUACUUAAGAGAUUGUACAGCAAUAUUUGGUUGGCUAAUGAAACAUGACGAUACUGUUAAUGACCGGUCAAAAAAUAGUAAAUUAUUGAAAGGAGAAGCACUCACAAAAAAACUGUGGACAGCGCAUUUCGAAGAGGGUUUCUGGAGGAGAGGUAGCAUGUACAGGGGACAUCCAGCUCCAAUGUUCUUAGGCUUUGAAGAUGACGAUUUAAACAACAUCACUUAUGGCCAACUACAUAUUCCCGCUAUUGCUUUAAGAGAAAUUCCUUUACAACGAGAACAACUUCGACUUAAAUUAUCCUUCGGUCAUAAAAAAGUUACGACAUUUAAUGCCGAUCUUACAACAAAACAAGUAACCAAAACUGGUUUUUCAUUGGUCUGGCAACCUACUGAAAACACAGGAAACAAUUCAAUUGUAAAAUUUCCAUUUGAAAAGCGAAAUCCUAAAGACUUAUUCGUUGAACUUGAAUUAUAUGAUAAAAUAUUUUUGCAAAAGAAAGAUAUGAUAAAGCUGGUCGGAAAGACGUCCCUUCAUGGACUUUUGCCAUCAGCGAAUUCAAAAUCUGCGCAAAACGUAGCGCAAAUCAGCGUUAAAAAUCGCGAUGGUGAUAUCGAAUAUAACGCUAAAAUAAAUGUUACAACAAGUUUAUGUUUAAAUCGAGAAUUCCAACUAAUAGUAGGCGAAUUCAUGCAACAAGAACUCAUUCCUGAUAGUCGAUUGUGGUUCCUAUGUCAAUCUUCCACCCUCAAUAGAUCUGCUCUUCAGCCUCAGGCUGUAGUUCAUAAGGCUACUCAUACCUUGGUUGAUUCUCGCGAUGGCACAAAAUAUACGGUACAAGUUGUGCAUAGUGCUGCGCUAUUAUUAUCAAUGAUUUUGGUAUAUGGUCGGGAAAAACGAUUAUUAAGUAUGGCACAUCUCAUCGGUUCUGAUUCAUUGCCAUCAAAGAAUCAACUUGAUCCUAAUCUCCAAUUUUUGCCGCAUCUCUCUUCUCCUGAUGAGAGAGCAUUUGUCGUGUUAAACAAAGAUGGUGAUUUCGCCAUAGUGAAAGGAAAAUGGGUAGGUUUUACUAGGAAGACACUUGCCAAUAAAGGCCAAAAGGCAAAAUCCGGCAAUCCUGGCAAAUUACAGGUGGAAGCAUUUAAUUUGCUCAAGAACACUGUGCAAAAAAUAGAAGUGCCUGGCCCUGAAGGAAGCACUCUUAUUAUAAUUGGCGAUGCGCAGGUGCGAUUACCUGGAAAAAGAAUACAAUGUAGAUCAACAUUCACAGCGGAACAUCUCGCUUGCAUUUUUAGCGUGGCUACUCUUUUUGUCCUCUGUAAUCCUGAUAAAGUUCGAUCUGUUAGUGAUACGACAAAUGUGGGUUAUCAGUGCCAUAAAUGGCCACUGACUCUAGCAUGCGGAUAUGGUAGGGCAGUACCAUCCAACAAAUAUCUCGUUUCUCAACAAGAAAAUGCUACUGGCUUUGAAUUACCUUCUACGAUAUUUGCACUAUGUUCUGCAGACUGUGAUGGAGCUACUUGCGGUUCAUGUGGAGCUUGCGGUGCUUGUGGUGCAUGUGGUGGAUGCGGUGGUUGUGGUGGUUGUGGCGGAUGCGGUGGAUGUGGAUAA